AUGUUCGCUUCCUUCUGCCAUGUCGCGUCUGUCAGCGCACCACUUGUUCGCACAUUGGCGUCCCUCCCAAGGACAGCGCUGACGCCUCAGAGUGCCAUCUACGUGUCGACGUCGUCUAAUCCGUACUUUAAUUUGACUUUGGAAGACUGGCUCUUCCGACGCUAUCCUGCACACGCCCCGUUACUCCUUUUGUAUCGUAAUAACCCCUGCGUCGUGAUAGGACGGAACCAGAACCCAUGGAAAGAGGUCAACCUACAUGUUGCAAGAGAGAGAAACGUGCCAUGGAUUAGACGAAGAAGUGGAGGUGGAACUGUAUUCCAUGAUCUCGAGAACACGAACUAUUCUAUACACGUUCCCCGAGCAUCCUUCGACAGAGCUAAGACGGCAAACAUUGUCGUAAGGGCUCUUCGUGCACUCGGCGUGGAGGGGUAUGCAAAUGAGCGCAAUGAUAUAUGCGUCGGAGGCAAGAAGAUGGGUGUCUUUCUUCGCUCGGCGUACAAGAUCGUAAGCAGUCGGGCAUACCACCACGGGACGAUGCUCAUCUCUACAAGAUUGGAUACGCUAGGAGAGUUGUUACGCGUGGACAAGCCUAUGAUGAACACGAAAGGCGUUGAAUCUGUUCGUUCGCCAGUGUGUAAUCUCGUCGAGUCUAACCCACGCAUCACGCACGAGGCAUUUGUCGAAGCUGUUACCACUUCCUUUAGGAAGGAGUAUGACGUUGGCGAUGAGCCAUGUGUGGUGGGGGAGACGCCGGUGUAUGCAGGCGAUGAGUAUUUUAAAGUUGGGAUGGCCGAGCUACUUGGCUGGGAUUGGGCGUAUGGCCAGACCCCUGAGUUCGAGUACGUCCUCGAGAAGAGGUUCAGAUGGGGAGAUGUGACGUCCACGAUUCGUUCCAAGCACGGUGUCAUCCUCUCGUGCACGUUCAUAUCUUCUACCUCGACGAAUAUACAAGCCACGCUGGAUGAGCUAGGGCGUCGGUUAGAGGGUAAGCGGUAUGGAUUCGUUCACGAUGCGGAGAUCUUCUCUGAGUUGGAGGAGUAUGGAUCGAGUGAGAUGGCGGAGAGCGAAGCGGGCGAGUUGUGGAGAUGGUUGCAGGCGGAGAUGAAGGGAUAA